GGUGGAUCACACUCACGCUCACACAUACAUAGCCUACACAAGCCUUCAUUCAGCACUGCCUUCCUAAGAAGAUUAGGGUUUGUUUUUUUUGCGCUGAAGAUUGUCUCUAGAUUCCUCCAACACUUUUUUUUCUCCCCCUGAUCAUGUUGAGGAUGCUAAAGCGCGUUCAGCUCCGCCGGGGCUCGCUUUUAUUACUCCUGUGGCUCUGUCAUUUCAUUCAAGAGCAGAAAGUGCAAGCUGGGAACUGCUGGCUCCAGCAAGGGAAGAACGGCCGCUGCCAGGUGCUCUACAUGCCAGGCAUGAGCCGUGAGGAGUGCUGCAGGAGCGGGAGACUGGGAACCUACUGGACCGAGGAGGACGUCCCGAAUAGUACCCUGUUCCGCUGGACCAUCUUUAAUGGAGGAGCGCCCAACUGCAUGCCAUGCAAAGAGACGUGUGAGAACGUGGACUGUGGACCCGGGAAGAAGUGUAAGAUGAACAGGAGGAGUAAGCCACGCUGCGUCUGCGCCCCUGACUGUUCCAACAUCACCUGGAAGGGGCCAGUGUGCGGCUCAGAUGGAAAAACAUACCGUGACGAAUGUGCACUCCUGAAAUCGAAGUGUAAAGGGCGACCCGAUCUGGAGGUGCAAUACCAGGGCAAAUGCAAAAAGACGUGCCGUGAUGUGCUUUGCCCUGGCAGUUCGACGUGCGUCGUGGACCAGACCAACAACGCCUACUGCGUCACGUGCAACCGCGUGUGUCCCGAGGUGACGUCACCAGACCAGUACCUGUGCGGCAAUGACGGCAUCGUCUACGCCAGCGCCUGCCACUUACGGAGAGCCACGUGCCUGCAGGGCAAAUCCAUCGGCGUGGCCUAUGAGGGCAAAUGCAUCAAGGCCAAAUCGUGCGAUGAUAUCCAGUGCAGUGGAGGGAAGAAGUGUCUGUGGGAUGAGCGAUUGGGACGCGGCCGGUGCGUGCUCUGCCUUGACGAGACGUGUCCCGAGAGUCGCGCGGACGAGGCCGUGUGCGCGAGUGACAACACCUCGUACCCGAGCACGUGCGCCAUGAAGCAGGCUGCAUGCUCCAUGGGCGUGCUGCUGGAGGUUAAGCAUUCAGGAUCAUGCAACUCCAUUACAGAAGACCAGGAGGAGGACAACGAUGAUGAGGAUGAUGAUGAGGAUGAUGAGGAUGAUGAAGACCAGGACUACAUGGCUCACAUCCAUUUAUCACCAAUAAUGGACGGAUAAACGGCCAUCAGGCGGGGGGAAAGUCCUGUGGCAAGGAAAACCAUGUCCACACUGUACAAAUGUGUAUGCUAAUUUAUUUUUUUGACGAAAAAAAAGGAAGUAUACAUAUAGUUCAGUCUGAUAGAUGUUUAUUUAUGCAGUGUUUCAUAAUUUAUACCUUUACAAUGUCUGCCGUACUAUCUUGAUCAUGUUAUUUUUGUGUUUAGUUGGUUUUAUUAUUAUUAUUAUUAUUAUUAUUAUUAUUAUUAUUAUGAACUAUAUUUGUCCAAAGAGAAGCAGUGUUAUUUAUUGUGAAUGCUAUAGAGUGUAAAGUGUGCAAGUCUUCUGCAAGUUGUAAAUUGCCUUCCCCUUGCUGUAAAAAUCCGCUUAUUGCUAUCCGUUCUACUAUCAUAGAUGUUUAUUUCCCACUUAUCUGCAUGUCAACCUGUGUGUUUAUUUAUUGGGAAGAAAAAAAAACUGUCACUCUUUAAUGUAAACGACAUGUUUCUGGUUUUGUUUACGCUUCAAAUUGACCAAAUGGAUUUUCCUCAAUGUUUCACCAUACAGUGCAAAAUGGUAACAUUUCAUUCAUGAGCCAGUUCUCAAGAUAAAAACUGAUUUGUCUUUCAAUGUUUUUGGUGAUUUUUGUGUCUUAGUUUUAUGUAUUCAGCUAUUCAUCAUUGUCAGAUAUUUUAUUGUCAAAAAAAAAAGGAAAAAAAAAAGUGCCACUAACACAUUUAUGAUCUCAUGGCCAACGUUCUGCUCUAUAACACCCCCGUCUGAGUUGAUGUGAUGUGGGACGGCGUAUCGACAUAUUGAACAUUAUCACUUCUUAUUGUUUGUCAUUUUUAAAGUACAUUUUUAUUUUCUGACAUCACAAGAUAGUUAUAAAUAUAUAGUUUUGUAUUUUUUUAAUGUAAAUGUCAUAUGUAUAUACAAAGUUUGAUGGUAUUUGUACAGAUAUGAAGAGUGAAACAAUAAAAAAAAGAAAGAAAA